CAGUUCACCACCAGUGAGGUUGAUUGAGCAAAGCUAAAGUAAAGAUUUUUUUUUAAAAAAAACAUAAAAAGGAGAAAUUUUCCCCCCUGCUUUUCUCGGAUUUUGGUUUAUUGAGAAAUUUGGAGAACAUAGAGAGGAAUCUGUUUUUUUUUUUUUUUGCAGACAUUAUUGGGUCUUUUUUCUCCUUCUGAGAGAUUGAGAGAUGAUGCUGUUGAGUUCACCUUUUGUUUUCUCACGACAACCUUAAAAAAGGCAGAAGCUUUCUCUCAAAGGGUCUCUUCUGAGAAAGAAGGUUAACAAUGGGAUUUGCCAGAGCUCAGAAAUCUGGAGUUAAUGGAGUCUCCGCCAAAUGGGUUUCUAUUCUUUGCAUUUCCAGUUUCUUCCUCGGUGUUCUUUUCGUUAACAGGUUGUUUGUUGUUCCGGAAUCUGUAGAAGCCAAUGAGAGAGCUGAACCAGGACAGAAACAUGAACCAAGGCCCCUCCAUCCUCUUAUCGAUUGCCAUAACAAGGAAGGCGACAUUAUCUCUCGCAUUUCACAUACUCAUGAUGUGAUCAUGACGUUAGACAAAACUAUUUCGUCACUCGAGGUAGAGCUGGCUGCAGCUCGAGCAGCAAAAGCUGGUGAUGGAGGCGAAGGAUCUCCAUCUGUUGCGAAAUCGGGCCCCGAUGAAUUGAAGGAAUGGCCUCGAGUCUUCUUUGUAAUGGGAAUCAUGACUGCUUUCAGCAGCAGAAAACGGAGAGACUCCAUUAGAGAAACCUGGCUGCCCAAAGGGGACGAGUUGAAAAAACUGGAGACCGAGAAGGGAAUCAUUAUCCGGUUUGUCAUUGGCCACAGUUCUUCUCCCGGGGGAGUCCUGGACCGUGUCGUUGAAGCAGAAGAAGAACAGUACAAGGAUUUCUUCCAUCUGAAUCACAUAGAAGGGUAUCAUGAAUUAUCAUCUAAAACUCAGAUAUACUUCUCAACCGCUGUUGCAAGGUGGGAUGCAGACUUUUAUGUCAAAGUCGAUGACGAUGUUCACGUAAACCUUGGGAUGCUUGGUUCUACUUUGGCUCGUCACCGUUCUAAACCACGGAUUUACAUCGGUUGCAUGAAGUCAGGACCGGUUCUCUCUCACAAAGGGGUCAAAUACCAUGAACCUGAAUAUUGGAAGUUCGGUGAAGAAGGAAACAAGUAUUUCAGACAUGCCACCGGACAAAUCUAUGCCAUUUCGAAAGAUCUUGCAACUUAUGUUUCAGUAAACCGCCAAAUACUUCACAAAUAUGCAAAUGAAGAUGUCUCUCUCGGCUCUUGGUUCAUCGGCCUUGACGUUGAACAUAUCGAUGACAGAAGCCUCUGCUGCGGGACACUCCCAGACUGUGAGUGGAAGGCUCAAGCUGGAAACCCGUGUGGAGCCUCAUUCGACUGGAGCUGCAGCGGUGUCUGCAAGUCAGUUGAGAGAAUGCUCGAAGUUCACCAACGUUGCGGAGAAGGGGAUGGAGCAAUAUGGCACACCAGUUUCUGAACUAGAGACAAGAACUAAGUCUUCGUCUACACUCUUCUUGUCUCUGAUAUGUGUUCUGUUAUGUAUAUAUAGUUCAGUUCUUGUGUGCCUUUGAGCAUGUAGGCUGCCUUCGUGUAGGCAUUAGCGACAUCGUCCGGCCCCGAUUUUUGCCCCGGCUAUUCCUCUGACACCCGCAGCUCGAUGAUACAGAUCGAGAUUAUGAAGGAAAAUUUCGCAGUCAAGUGCUAGUUUCUUGAUUCUUUACUUUUGUUAUGGAUUUGAAUUGCUCAUUGAAGGAACUUGCUUUUGCAGAA